ACCAACGAGAAUAUCUAAGCAUGAUUAAAAUGAAGGUCGAAAUUACCUCUCGACAAACCAUUAAGCCAUCCUCUCCAACACCUUAUCACCUUAAAAACUUCAGGCUCUCCCUUUUGGAUCAGCUUUUGCCAUCUUUUUAUGGCCUUAUAGUCUUCUUCUAUGCUUCAACGCCAAGCACCCACCACCAAAAUGAGGACUGCAGGAGCAAAAGCUGCGACAGAUCUCAUAUCCUCAAGAGUUCACUUUCGAAAGUCCUCACUCACUUCUAUCCAAUGGCAGGACGGCUGAAAGAUGCUACCUCCAUCGAUUGCAACGAUGAAGGUGCUUAUUUCGUCGAAGCUCGUAUUGACUGCCAACUUUCAGACUUUCUAAAACAACCUGACAUGGAAGCAUUGAAUGGUUUUCUUCCUACCACUGAUCCUGAGACAUCCAAAGCAGCUUCAGGUUGCAAUCUGCUUGUUCAACUGACAACAUUUGAGUGUGGAGGGACAGCUAUCAGCAUCUGUCUAUUGCAUAAGAACACUGACGUUUCCUCACUGGCAACGUUCCUCCAAAGCUGGACAGCCAUCGCUCGUGACUCUGGUGAAGCAGUGUCCCCUGAAUUCGUCGGAGCAUCUUUGCUUCCACCUGGAGACCUAUCUUUCAUGCCCCCGGUAAAUAACCCGUCCGGAAAUUUUGUUACAAAGAGGUUCAAGUUUGAAGCAUCAAAAAUUGCUAGUCUCAAGGCCAAAGCUGCUGGCCAAUUUGUCCCAUCUCGUGUGGAAGUGGUCUUAGCACUAAUCUUAAAAUGUUCUGUGGCAGCUUCUCGUGCGAAAUCAGGGUUAGCAAGGCCAAUAGUUUUGUUCCAAGCAGUGAACUUGCGCAAGAGAAUAGUCCCACCGCUGCCCGAAAACUCCAUAGGAAAUCUCAUUUGGACAGUGCCCGUGUUUCUUGGAGACGGUGAGAUGGAGUUAAACGAGUUGGUCACUGUGAUGAGAAGAGAGAUGACCCAAUUUUGCAAUGAAAAGGCAAAAAAAUUCAAAGGUGAUGAUGGAUUUUUAUUGAUUACUGAGUCUCUCAAGGAGAGGAGAGAGCUCUGCAAGGAUGCUGCAGUUUACAGGUGCACAAGUUGGUGCAGAUUUCCAUUAUAUGAAAUGGACUAUGGGUGGGGGAAGCCGGUAUGGGUGAGUAGUGCAAGCCUAUCAUUCAGGAACAUUGUAGUUUUGAUAGACACCAAAAAUGGGGAUGGAAUUGAAGCUUGGGUGACUUUGGAGGAACAAGAAAUGUCCAUAUUUGAAUGUGAUAAGGAGCUCCUUGGAUCGGCUCUCUUGAACCCUAGCAUCUUCAUAUGAUUUCAUCGUCGAGCCAUGCGAUUGGCCUUUCAUAGAAUUGAAUUGUGGUUAAUUUGAUUGUUCUGUAUUUGAAUGUUAGGACUACUCUACACUCUUUCCUUUUGUUAAGGUUAAUGUGUUUAUAAACAUGGUUAGCAUAACAGCAGCAUAACCUUGUUUAGGCUGAUGUAAACUCUAGUUAUAUUUUGUGUUAAGCAAUUAAUUUGGCAUGGCUAGGAGAUCAACUGCUUGUAAUUUUAUUGCUAGAUUAUCACGUAUGUACUAUUACGAAGAUUUUGAAUUGUUCAAGGUUGAAUGAAAAAGUAUGCCAGUAUUACGUUA